AUGGGUAUUUGUUAAACGUAAGCGAAAAAGAAUCCAGCAUGUCCAAAAUUAAAAGUGAAUAAUAAAGCUGAUAGAGUAAAGACUGAAUUUACUGCAACUGAAGAAACAGGAUCUAAACAUCUUGGUGUUUUGUAAAUAAAUAGCUUCAAUUAAAUAAAUUCACCUAAAUCAGCUGGAUACCUUGUGCCAAGACGUCAAUAAACUAAAGCAGGAUUAAUGAAAUUGACCGGAUAUAUCUCGAAUUCUCCAUAACCUGGUCAAAUUCUGAUUCUUGAAAUGAGUGCUUCUAAAAAAUAUUCGCUUAUGAAGAAACUUAAAGGACAUGAUGUAAAAUAUUGAUUGAAUUUUAUAGUCUAAACAAAUAUUAUCUAAUAAUAAGAGUGGAGUAAUUGUAGAAAUGGAGACAUUUUUAAAAGAAGAAGAGGAAGCAUUAUCAUAUGUGAAAUGGUUAUCAAAAGCCUAAUUGGUAUAAUCUUAUAAUUUAUUAUACUAGGAUCAUCCUAAUCUCAAUCGUAUUCUUGAAAUUUACCAAGAUUAAAAUUCAUAUUAAGUGAUUUAUGAAUUUUUUGAUGGAAAAUCAUUAUCAGAUCUUGUAUCUGAAGAAAAUCCGCUUCCUACAAUUUAAAUAAACUAAAUUAUGGAACAAAUAAUUUCUAUAAUUUCAUAUUUGCAUAGUUUAAACUUAAUUCAUGGAAAUCUGACUCUCGACUCAUUUUAAUUUAAAAGAAAAAAGAAUGAAAUUCUUAUAAAAUUAAUUGAUCUAAAAAAAGUAAAAAUAAAAGACUCUGAAUCAAUAGAAGUAUUAAAAUUUACAUCACCAGAAUGCUUAAAUCAUCCUGAUAAUUAUACAACUGCUAGAGAUAUUUGGGCUUUGGGAAUUAUUUGUUAUGCUCUUACAUAUGGUAAUUUACCAUAUACUUUCCCAUCCAAUAUUGAUUAUCCUAAAGCUUUAUCAAUAAUAAAAGUAACUACAAUCCAAUUUAAUGAACCAGAUUUAUUAAUUACAAAAUUUAUUUAGAAAAUGCUUGUUCAUCAUUCAAAAACUAGAAUAACCUUAAAUCAAUUAUAAUAGGAAGAAUUCUUAAAGGAGAAUAAAGUCAAACUACAAUCAACAUAAGAAAUCUUAUUGAAUAAUACUAAAUUAGCAAAACCAGGUUGUAUUCUAUAAGAAAUGAUACUUUGCUACUUUUUACAAGAAUUCAACUGGGAAGAAUAUCUUUAAAUUUAAAAAUUAUUCUCUGAAGGUGAUUAAGAUAUGGAUGGAUAUUUAAGUAAAGAGGAAUUAUCUAAUCUUUAUAAAUAAUAUUUGAAUGAAUCUAAACCUGAAGAUUUAGUUGAUCAAGUCUUUUUAUAAUAUGGAAUAAAUAAAGAAAAUAGAGUAAAUAUUUAACAAUUUUAAUCUUUGGCUGCAAGUAGAGAUACUCUACUCACUUAAAACAAUAUUGAGAUAGGUUUCUAGAUUUUUUCAAAUGGUAAAAAAGAAAUCACUCUCAGAGGAUUGAGAAGACAUUUAAAUUCAGAUUCUGAUGAAUUAAUUGAUGAAUUUAUUCGUAUAACUAAUGAAGAAAAAAUAGUAUUUAUUUAGUCUUAUUUUUAGUUAAAUCUCAAAUAAUUUCAAAAGCUACUAAAAUUGCUUAUUUGA